AUGAAGUUUAUUGCCAUCCUCCUCGCAGCUAUAGGCGCGGCAGCUGCUCGCCCAGUCGCGUGCCCCUCUGGCUCUUCAAAGGGUGCUUCCUGUGCUGUCGGCGAGCCAGAGAUCAACUCCAAGCCAACAUUCACCACGGUAGCUUGCCCCCCUGGUUCGCCUAAGGACGCCGUGUGCGCCGUUGACAUCCCUGAAUACCGCACUCUCCCGGAGGGUAAAGACAAGCGUACAAUGUCUACUGUCUAUGUUACAUCAACUACGGGCACUGUCACUAUCCACAAGCCUUCUACCACCGAAGAUGUCACGAAGACAGUCGUAGUCACACAAACAGCAUGA